AUGAAAGAUGCAAAUGAUGAAUAUUUAGUUUAUGAUAAAAACAAGAUUUCAUUUGAAUUCCUCCCUGAGAAUUUAAAUCAAGGAGUCACUUGCAAGCCACCAAGAUCUUUUGGGAUAUUGAGUACUAACAAUGGAAUUGGGAUUUCAAAUUAAACAUUAAGAAUAGAAAAUGACGAUAUAAUAUCAUUCAACGUCUUUGUUCUGCAAAUGGACGAAAAAAAUACGAACAUAAACCUGUAAACUGAAGUAAUUUCAGAUGACGAUAAGCUAAAACCCAAAAGCGAAAUCCUUUUUAGGCUCUCAUAGCAAUGCCCUCAAAGAGAUCAUCUCACAUCUUAGAAUUAUUGGACACCAAUACAUAUUCAAGUUAGUUUGAAUGAAGUGAACCAAUAAACUCAUGAAUUAAUAGAGUUUGCAAUAAUAUUCUCAUGUGACAAAUCAUACAGAGACAUCACAUUCGAUUGGAGUCUCCCCAUAUUACUCGUUAUAUCAACUAUUUUGAUUGCAUUUUUGGCUAAAUAUACUAGAAUCCUUUCAUUUAGUUGGAAGACAAAUGGAAAAGACUUUUAGGGAUUCGAAAUCAAUAAUACGAUCAUUCUGAUCUACAUACUAUUAUAUGCAGGUGGAGCCACGAUCGUCCUAGCAACAGACUUUUUAGAUUUCAUCAGAUAUUUAUUCAUUAUAAUAGCCUGCACUAUAGGCACACUUGCAAUAUUCUUUGUGUCUUCUGAGCUUGCAUGUCUAAUGAAAGCGAAUUCCUUUUUAAGAAAAUAUUACAUUGUGUUUUCAUCAAUAAUUUCUUUAUUAAUUGGUAUUCCUUAUUACUUUUAUAAGCCGUGGUACUUGAGUGAUAUAAUUUCUCUAGCUUUUAUAGUACUAAUUGUAAAGUUCUUCAGACUCAAGAACUUCAAGUUUGCCUCAUUCUUAAUGAUAUCCAAUGUUUUAUUGGAUUCAACACUCGCCUUAAUCAUCCACUAUACUUAAGUUGAGUCUUACAACACAACUGUACUACAAUUUUUGAAUUGCCCUUUAGAAUUGCAACUGCCCUUAAUAAGUUUGCAAUUUAAUAAAAAUUGUGCUUGGAUCUCACUCUUUAGUCAAGCUGUACCAGGACUCCUUUUGAGCUUAGCCUAUAGGAUAGAUAAAACUAAGAGGACUUUCACUUAUGGUCUGCAGGGCUUCUUGUCUUUGAUAAUCGCAGAAGGGCUUUGGGUAUUGGCCACAGUGUCUGUGAAACAUUCGAUACCUGAAACUAUAUUUACUUAUCCUAUAUUAUUAGGAACUUUAACUCUAAAUUCUCUUAGGAGAGCAGAAUUCAACUCAUUUUGGUUCGGUGACUAUUUAACAGAUCAGAGCUUUUAACGAUUGAGAGGAGAUAGUCUAAUAGAUGCGAAAGCUCCCGAUCUACUGUUUAAUGUGGAUAUUAUUCCUGAUAGCAAAGUUUAACCAACUGAUCUAUGA